AUGGCUGCACGAACAAUCGGGGAAGCGGAGGUGUUGGCGUGGAGCUCCAGUAUUCGCCGGGUGUUCAUGCCACCUACAGAGCUGAAGCCAUCGCCAUCCGACACAGACCAGAUCUCGACAUUGCUGCAGCAUGUACAGCACCAAACAGAGAAGAUUGAAGUACUUAUCCUGCAAAACAAGCGGCUAGAAGAGCGACUGUUAGCAGUAGAGAAUCAUAUUCAAGUACUUGUGUCCACCUCGUCUCAGGAUCCGCCAAGCGUACGUGCAUCGUCUUCAGCAGCAGAAGGCCAGUCGACGACAAAGGUUGCUCGAGCUAAGAAGAAAGGGUCGCAAUCCUUGGCUGCGAUAUGGUUCGAGUGGUUUACCGCUGAGCCUCGAGUGUAUGCUUCGCCUGUCGUAAAGAAGACAACGCUCUACGAAUUUAGACAUAUCACAGGCUACAUGAUGCUCUUCUUACCGACGGGCUUUGCCCUGGAUGUAGCCUCUCCAGCUUACAAAGACGAAGUAUUGGCCCUUGGCGAUAAAGCACGCAAAAGUGCGCUCGAGUUCCUGAAGGCGAACGGAUCAUCAGCGAUUGCAGCUGGAACUGCAUUGAAGGCGUUUCGAAAGCUUCAUAAGCAGGGUAAACUGGAUACCCACAUCGCGCAGUUCCAUGAGCUAGUCGAUAGCGGCAGCAUCGUAGACCCAACGCCUCCUUCUGCUCUCCCCACAUUUAUUCGCCUUCGGCCAUCUCAAUAGUCUGUACACUUUGCAUAAUGGCACACAAUAAAGUCAAUAUAAGACGAUGGCUGGAGUUGAACCAACGAGCAGCAGUGCUGCUCCCUUCAUCCGGAAGGCACCGUCACGUGUAAGCGUACAGACGCUGUAGCAUCAGUGAUAGCCACGGCAA